AUGGCGGACCCAAAAGUCAGGUCCCCUGUCUUCAAAUUCUGCAUAAAGUUUGAUGCAGUAGACAUGAAGCUCGUCAUGACACCACACUGCAAGGAUGCCACCAUAGGAGGCCCCAGCCCAUGCUGCCAUGGUGAAAAUUGCGAGCUAAUCGUAGGUGGAGGCAAGAGACCAGUCCGUGAGGCCAGCAGCAUCGUAGGCAUUGCAGAAGGCAAACUCUUGCUUGGCGAUUAUGUUGCUUAUAGCAGAAAGAAGAAAAUCAUUCUGACUCUGUGCAAGACGAUCGUCCAUAUCUUGCUGGGCUUUUCUGACCACUCCAUCGAACGUCGGAAUCCUCCUUACCAUUGCCGAAAUAUCUCCUCCUCCGAUGUCGAUGGCCUGUGCCUCCUCACUGGAGACACCUCCAAGCCGCCAAACAUCAUCGACUCCUAUGCUGUUGGCCCUGCAGGGAAGCCACCGCACUGGACCAAUCUCGAUGCCCGCGGCCUCCACGACCUUGACCAUGGCAACCUCCGUCUCUACAUUGAAAACCUCAGCUCCGAAAGCUGUGAUGAUGGCGGGAUCAGGAUCAAAGAGAUCGGGGGGCGAACACCAAAGGAGGAUGAUCGGAGACCGGAGGUGUAGCCGUAGGGGAGGAGGAUGAGACCGCAACGAUGGAGGGCGGAGACGAACUUCCCACCGCCGCUAGGGUGGGAAGGACGACAGAGUCGGUUCAUGCGUGUGGUGCGGGGAGACGGUUGGAUUGUGCUCACGAAGGUCCGAAUCGAGUGGUCGAAGAUCCUUCGUGCCUCUCGCCACGAAGAGAGGCGGAGAGAUUGA